AUGGAGCUGUCGACUCCGGACGACGGCAGCGGGAAGCCGAGCUGGCGAAGGCGCACGCCACACACUGCAAUAUGGCCGAACGUUUUCGGCUGCUCCAACAUUCAGUCGGCCAUUGUGGUGCUACUGGCAGUCUGCAUGGCAAGCACAGCUAAUGCAGAAUCACUAUUAGGAAUAGGUGGCAGUAUAUUUAGGAACGAAACUGACGUGCCAUGUCCGUUCGGAACGUUUAGGUGCCCCGAGGGAAAAUGCAUACCGCAGACGUCGGUUUGCAACUAUCAAAAGGACUGCGAUAAGGGCGAGGACGAGCAGAACCACUGUCCUCCACCGGAAUGUGAACCGGGACAGAUAAGCUGCGGGCAGUACGUGUUCAACAAGACGUACUGCAUUCCUCCCCACUACAAGUGUGACAUGACGAUCGACUGUAUUGAUGGAACGGACGAGUCGGACUGCACGUAUCGAAAGUGCCAACCGGACGACAUUCGGUGCGGGGCACCGGCGCAAAGUGUCUCCCAGAACGGGCGCGUGGCGGAGAUUUGCGUUCCCAAGGAGAAACGGUGCGACGGCUACCUGGACUGCCGGACGGGCAAGGACGAGGAGGGCUGCCAUGGUAUGGCCUGCCGGUUGGACCAGUUCCGGUGCGCCAACGGGGCUCGCUGCAUCGACACGGCGCUCAAGUGCAACCACAAGAACGACUGCGGUGACAACUCGGACGAAGUCGGCUGCAACUUCCCACCGUGCCACGGAGGACAGUUCCGGUGCGCCAAUGCGCUCUGCAUACCGGCCACCUUCCACUGCGACGGCUACCACGACUGCUCGGACGAAAGUGACGAGGCGAACUGCACGGCGAUCGCGUGUCCGGACAACAAGUUCCUGUGCCCAAGGGGAGGCGUAAACGGUGUGGCGAAAUGCAUCGUCCGGUCGAAGCUGUGCGACGGCAAGCGAGACUGCGAAGACGGAACGGACGAGGAAACUGCAUGCUCGAUCACGUCGUGUCCAGCGUUGGGCUGCGAGCACAAGUGCGGCCCGUCCCUGUCUGGCGGUGUCUGCUACUGCCCGGUCGGGCGAACGCUGUCGCCGGAUAAUCGUACCUGUGCCGACCUGGACGAGUGCACCGUGUGGGGCCAUUGCGACCAGCUGUGUACGAACACCGACGGGUCGUUCUCGUGCGCGUGCGCCGCCGGUUACACGCUGAUGGAGAAGACGCGCUGCGUCGCGCCAACCGCCUCCAGCCUGGAGCUGUUCUUCGCCUACGAUCGGGCGAUCCUGCGCAUGAGCGCACACGGGCAGGACUCGCGCGUCGUCGCGAACGCAACCGGCGCGAGCGGCCUCUCGUUCCACUACGCCAAGAACCUACUAUACUGGUCGGACAUCAAGACGAGGAAGGUGCAGUCGCAGGUGCUGGUGGACGGCGGGUUCGGCGGGUACGACCUGACGCUGCCGGGAACGUGGGCGCCGGUGGCGAUCGCCAUCGACUGGAUCGGCGACAAGGUGUACGUGGCGGACCUGGUCGGGCAGAAGGUGGACGUGUUCGAGCUGGACGGACGCUGGCAUGCGGUCGUGCUCGGCUCCAACCUGACCAGCCCGGCCGAUCUGGCGCUCGAUCCAACCGCCGGUCUGAUGUUCGUGGCCGACGGCAGCCAUGUACUGCGCGCUCAUAUGGACGGCACGCACGCCAAGUCGAUCGUGUCGGAGGCGGCGUACAAGGCGUCCGGUGUAGCGGUGGACGUCAUCGCCCGGCGCGUCUUCUGGUGCGAUUCGCUGCUCGACUACAUCGAGUCGGUCAACUACGAGGGUGAGCAGCGCGUGAUGAUCCUGCGCGGUCAGCAGGUGCCCAGCCCGUCCCGGUUGGCGCUGUUCGAGAAUCGCGUGUUUUGGUCCGACGCCACCAAGCAGGGCAUUAUGUCGGUCGACCGCUUCGAGGGUACGGCCAGCAUCCAGUCGAUAUUCAAGGCGAAGGAUAUUCGCGAACCGAGAGCGCUGAUAGCGGUGCACUCGCUGACGCAACCCAAGGUGUCCAACCCGUGCGGCAACAACAAUGGCGGCUGCUCGCAGAUGUGCGUGGUCACGGCGGUGCAGGGUGCACCGUCCGGGCUCGGGUAUCGUUGCGCGUGCCAUACCGGCUUCCAGCUGUCGCGCGACCUGAUGAACUGCAAUCUGGUGUUCGAGUUCCUGAUGUACUCGCAGCAGCGCUUCAUCAAGGGCAAGGUGCUCGACCCGGUCAUCGAGGGCUUCAGCGACGCCAUCCUGCCGGUGGUGUCGCGCCGGGCGCGCUUCGUCGGGCUCGACUUCGACGCGGUCGACGAGCACAUCUACUACUCGGACGUGCUGCAGGACGUGAUCUACCGCGUGCACCGCAACGGUACCGGGCGCGAGAUCGUGCUGGCCUCGCAGAACGAGGGCGUCGAGGGUUUGGCGGUGGACUGGGUGUCGAAGAACCUCUACUACAUCGACAGCCGCAAGGGUACGCUGAACGUGCUGUCGACGCGCAACACCAGCUAUCGCCGGACGCUGCUGAAGAACUUGAAACGACCGCGCGCCAUCGUGGUGCACCCGAACCGGGGCUACAUCUACUUCUCCGAGUGGGACCGACCGGCCAACAUUAGCCGCGCGAACGCCGACGGCAGCGGCCUGAUGGUGUUCCGCAAUGUGACGCUCGGUUGGCCGAACGGGCUGUCGAUCGACUUCCGCGAGGAUCGCGUGUACUGGUGCGACGCCCUACUGGACCACGUCCAGCACUCCAACCUAGACGGCACGGACGUGCGGACGGUCAACUCGCGGCUCAUCCGCCACCCGUUCUCGAUCGUCAUCCACGAGGAGUGGAUGUACAUCACCGACUGGCGGUUGGAUGCGAUCGUGCGCUUGAACAAGCUGAACGGCGAGCAGGAGGAGAUUAUGGUACGCGAACCGCAGACCAACCGCCUGUACGGCGUCAAGGUGUACAGCCACGGGGUGCAGGUGAUCGACGGCAGUCAACCGUGCGGCGUGAACAAUGGCGGCUGCGAGAAGCUCUGCUUCGCGUUGCCACGCAACGAAACCACCACCUCCGACGUCAUAACCGGCCCGGGUGCGAUGUCCCCGGUGCGGCUGGUAGUCCGAUGCGGCUGCCCAUACGGCGAGCGGCUCGGCGAAGACGAACGCACCUGCCUGUCGGAUCCGAACGCGGAGCCACCGAUGCAGGCUUGCCCGAACACCUGGGACUUCACCUGCAACAACCAGCGUUGCAUACCAAAGUCGUGGAUCUGCGAUGGCGAUGACGAUUGUCUGGACAACUCGGACGAGGAGCAGAACUGCACCAAACCGACGUGCGGCACGAACGAGUUCCAGUGCAAAUCGGGCCGCUGCAUCCCGCUGAACUUCCGGUGCGACCAGGAGAACGACUGCGGCGACCACUCGGACGAGUUCGAGUGCGGCAACGUGACGUGCGCGGCGUCGCAGUUCGCGUGCGAGAACGGGCGCUGCAUACCGAACAUCUGGAAGUGCGACAGCGAGAACGACUGCGGCGACGGCUCGGACGAGGGCCCGUCGUGUGCGGAGAAGACGUGCGCCUACUUCCAGUUCACGUGCCCGCGGACGGGCCACUGCAUACCGCAGAGCUGGGUGUGCGACGGCGACGACGACUGCUUCGACAAGCAGGACGAGAAGGACUGCCCGCCGAUCACGUGCCUGGCGAACCAGUUCAAGUGCGCCGACCUGCGCCAGUGCGUGGAGGAGCCGUACAAGUGCGACGGCAUUCCCGACUGCAACGACGGCAGCGACGAGCUCGGCUGCCCGACCAUGGAGCCGAACCAGUGCAACCUGGAGAAGCACUUCCGCUGCCGGUCGUCGGGUGUGUGCAUCCCGAUCGCGUGGCACUGCGACGGCUCGAACGACUGCGACGACCACUCGGACGAGGAGGACUGCAGCAAGAUCACCUGCCCGAACGGCUUCUACAAGUGCGCGAACGCGAAGUGCAUCUACAAGGCGUACAUCUGCGACGGCAAGGACGACUGCGGGGACGGGUCGGACGAGAGUGUGGAGCAUGCGUGCGUGACGCCCCCGCUGCGGUGUCCGCACGGCCAGUGGGCGUGUCCGGGCGUGACCGGGCGGUGCGUCAACCUGACGUCCGUCUGUGACGACGUGAUCGACUGCCCGAACGGAGCGGACGAGGGUAUCGGGUGCGACCUGGCGCAGUGCCAGCACCAGUCCGGCCUCUGCUCGAACGGCUGCCAGAAGACGCCACUCGGUGCGCUGUGCAUUUGUCCGCCGGGCGAGGAGCUGGCGGCCGACAACUACACCUGCCACGACCUGGACGAGUGUAAGCCGCCCGGUCUGUGCUCGCAGCGCUGCACCAACACCAAGGGCUCGUACUUCUGCUCGUGCAUCGAGGGGUACGUGCUCGAGCCGAACAAGCACACGUGCAAGGCGGUCAACCAUUCGGCCGCGUUCCUUAUCAUCUCGAACCGACACUCGAUCCUGGUGGCUGACCUGAAGGAGCAGGGUCUCGAGCGCGUCCCGAUCAUCGUGGAGAACGUGGUCGCGACCGCGUCCAACAUGCACACCGGCACGAUCUUCUGGAGCGACAUGAAGCUGAAGAAGAUCUCCCGUCUCGACCGCGGCCAGGAGCCGCAGGAGAUCAUCUCCACCGGGUUGGACCUGGUGGAGGGGCUGGCGUACGACUGGAUCGGCCAGAAUCUCUACUGGCUCGACAGCAAGCUCAACACGAUCGAGGUGGCGCACGAGAACGGCUCCAACCGGCUGGUGCUGGUGCGCGAGAACAUCACGCAACCGCGCGGCAUGUGCCUCGAUCCGGCUCCGUCCGCCAAGUGGCUGUUCUGGACGGACUGGGGCGAGAACCCGCGCAUCGAGCGCAUCGGCAUGGACGGUACGAUGCGCGAGACGAUCGUCAGCACGAAAAUCUACUGGCCGAACGGCCUCACGCUCGACGUGGCGACGCAGCGCGUCUACUUCGCCGACUCCAAGCUGGACUUUAUCGACUUCUGCUACUACAAUGGCACCGGCAGGCAGCAGGUGCUGGCCGCCAGCCACUACCUCCUGCACGCGCACUCGCUGUCGCUGUUCGAGGACACGCUCUACUGGACCGAUCGCCAGCUGAACCGGGUACUGUCGGCGCACAAGUUCCGCGGCACCAACCAGACGGUGGUGAGCCAUCUGAUCUCGCAGCCGCUCUCGGUGCACGUGCACCAUCCGUCGCUGCAGCCGCUGUACGAGAGCCCGUGCAAGUGGGCCACCUGCCAGCAUGUGUGUCUGCUCAGCCCGUCCGAGUCGUCCGGGUAUGCGUGCAAGUGCCGGCCCGGGUACCGAUUGCUAUCGGAGGGUCGCUGUGCUGAGGAGGAAAAUCCGUUCAUUAUGCUGCUGAAGGGCAACCAGAUUGUGGACGUACCGUUCAACGGUGGUGAUGCUCGCUCGAGCGGCCUCAUCCCGGUGGUUGGCAUCGAGGGAGGCGUCAGCUUGGACUACGAUCGCAAGGGCGAGACGCUGUACUGGGUGCAGGGUAAGGCGGACGACACGGAUGACGAAAACUGCACGAUCUACGCCACGCCGUACGGUGGCGGCAACCGGACGGAGUUCCUCGGCGGCGACAGUGGCCUCGUCGGGGCGGCCUGCACGAUCGCGUUCGAUUGGAUCGGACGCAACCUGUUCCUGGGCAAUCGCAUCGCCUCCAACAUCGAGGCCAUCAGCGUGGACGGGAAGGUGCGGUACCGCGCGGUGGUGCUGGCCAACGAUGGCAACCGGACGGCGGUGGCGAAACCGAAGCAGAUCGCCCUCGAUCCGACCGACGGCAAGCUGUUCUGGAUCGACGAGGGUGGCUUCGGUGUGCCGACCAAGGUGGCCAUGGCGGGCAUGGACGGAACGGAGCCGCGCGUGCUCGACGAUGCCAUCCAGUACCCGGAGUCGAUCGCCGUCGACAGCGAGAAGCGCCGGGUGUACUACAGCACGCGGCUACCGCCGGCCGUCCUGUCCAUCGACUACGAUGGCUCGGGUCGGCGCACGGUGCUGAGCGAGGAGAACGCCAUCGCACGACCCCGCGGCCUGCAGGUAUUGGACUCGCGCCUGUUCUUCAUCGACCCGACCUACGAGAAGCUGGCACGCGUCGACCUGCCGAACGGCGACAACGCCAAGCUGAUACUGGACAACGAGCCCGACCUGCGCAACAUGGUCAUCUUCCGCAAGCGCUCGCUGCUGCAGCACCCGUGCUCGAUGAACAACGGCGGUUGCGAGCACCUCUGCCUCCCGCACACCGGUGCAACCCGGGUGUGCGCCUGCGGCAUGGGCUACAAGAAGGAGAACGAGGUGGCCUGCACGCCCUAUAAGACGUUCGCGGUCGUGUCGCAGCUGGACACUACGCGCGGCUACAGCCUGCGGGAUAGCACCGAGGCGAUGGUACCGAUCACCGGCACCGGUCACCACAUCCUGCACGUCGACGUACUCUACCGCGAGUCGUGGAUCUACUGGGUCGAGUACAACCGCGGCUACUGGAACGGCAUCUUCCGGGUGCGACCGAACGGCACCGAGCUGCAGCACAUCGUGCGCGACGGCAUCGGCAGCAACGGCGUCCGGGGCAUCGCCAUCGAUUGGGUGGCGGGCAACAUGUACUUCACCAACGUGUUCCCGCACGAGAACUACGUCGAGGUGGCGUGGAUGGACGGCACGCACCGCAAGGUGCUGGUGAAGAUGACGAACGACGCGCCGCGCGAGCUGGCCGUCAACCCGAUCAAGCGCCUGCUGUACUGGAUCGACUACGGGCAGUACCCGCGCAUCGGCAAGUGCUACCUCGACGGCUCCAACUGGACGCCGGUGGUGACGUCGGGCAUCUCGAACCCGCGCGAUCUCACCGUCGACAUGCUGACGCACGACGUGUACUGGGUCGACUCGAAGCUGGACAUGAUCCAGAAGGUGUCGUACAGUGGCGGCAACCGGCAGGUGAUCCGCCGCAAUCUCGCCAACCCGAUGGCGAUCGCGGUGCACCUGGGCGACGUCUACUGGGUCGACCGGAACCUGGCCAGCGUGUUCCGGGCGUCCAAGUUCCCGGGCAACACGACGCUGCCCGAGCGGGUGCGCACCAACCUGCCGAAGCUGCGCGACAUCACGAUCUACGACAUCAACAACCAGCCGAUGGACGACGGCAACCCGUGCCUGCGGCUGGGCAACGGUGGCUGCGAGCAGCUGUGCUUCGCCCUGCCACCGGACUACAACCAGAAGCCCAGCUUCCGGUGCGACUGCGCCGUCGGCCGGCUGGCCAGCGACGGGCGGCACUGCGAGCUGACGGACGAGUACGUGAUCUUCGCGACGCGCACCGAAAUCCGCGCCAUCGACCUCGAUCCCACCUCCACCAACGUGCCGUUCGCGCCGGUCGUCAACCUCACCAACGUGGUCGGGCUCGACUUCGACUACGCCGACAACAAGCUGUUCUUCACGCAGAUCCGACCGUGGUCGAGCAUCGCCUUCCUCAAGGGCGACAAGCCGAGCGAGUCGAACGUGACGCCCAUCAUCACGCGCGGCAUCAACCCGGAGGGCAUCGCGUACGACUGGACGCAGAAGAAGAUCUACUGGACGGACAGCUCGAACAACUCGAUCUACGCGAUGAACACCGACGGCACCGAGCUGGUGAUGAUAGCGCGCGUCGAGCGGCCGCGCGCCAUCGUGCUGGAUCCGUGCAACGGCACGCUGUACUUCACCGACUGGGGCCGGUUCGGCACGUCCGGCAAGAUAUUCCGCACGACGAUGGCCGGCUCGCUGAAGCGCCCGAUCGUCGACCGCGACCUCUCGCAGCCGAGCGGCCUCGCCAUCGACUACGACGAGCGGAUGCUCUACUGGACGGACGCGGUGCGGGAGAAGAUCGAGCGGGCGCAGCUGGACGGGCGCAACCGGGAGGUGCUGAUAGCGGCCACCAUCUACCCGUUCGCGAUCACCGUGUUCCGGAACUACAUCUACUGGACGGAUCUGCAGCUGCGCGGCGUCUACCGGGCGGAGAAGCACACCGGUGCGAACGUGCUCGAGAUGGUGAAGCGGCUGGAGGACUCGCCGCGCGACAUACACAUCUACAGCUCCACGCGCCAGAAGUGCCAGGCGAACCCGUGCAUGCAGAACAACGGUGGGUGCGCGCAGAGCUGCCACCCGGGCGUGAACGGCAAGCCGGAGUGCAAGUGCAACGACACCACCAAGCCGGUCAACGAGGGUCGCAUGUGUGCGCCCAAGAACCACACCUGCGACGCGAGCAAGUUCUACUGCCAGAACAGCAAGUGUAUCUCGCGCAUGUGGUCGUGCGACGGUGACGACGACUGUGGUGACGGCUCGGACGAGGACGUCAACUACUGCGCGUUCCACUCGUGCGCCCCCAAUGAGUUCCGCUGCGCCAACGGGCGGUGUAUCUUCAAGUCGUGGAAGUGUGAUCACGAGAACGAUUGCAAGGACGGGUCGGACGAGGAGGGCUGCUCGUACCCGCCGUGCGUCGACGGUGAGUUCACCUGCGCCAACGGACGCUGUAUACCGCAGAGCCAGGUGUGCAACGGGGUGAACGACUGCAAGGACAACGGCACGUCGGACGAAACGCACGAGCGCUGCCCGACCAACACGACCUGCCCGCCGAACCACCUCAAGUGCGACCGCACCAACAUCUGCGUGGAGCCGUACUGGCUGUGCGACGGCGACAACGACUGCGGUGACAACUCGGACGAGAAUACGCUGCACUGUGCGCAGCGCACCUGCCCGCAGAACAGCUUCCGCUGCCCGAACCACCGCUGCAUCCCGGCCACCUGGUACUGCGACGGCGACGACGACUGCGGCGACGGGGCGGACGAGCCGCCGGAGUACUGCAAGUCGGAGGGCCGCACCUGCUUCGGCGACCUGUUCACCUGCGACAACGGCAACUGCAUACCGCGCAUCUACAUCUGCGACGGCGACAACGACUGCCUCGACAACUCCGACGAGGACAACCGGCACCAGUGCAACGACCGCAAGUGCGACGAGGACACCGAGUUCACGUGCCAGGAGAACAAGGCGUGGGCCCGCGCCCAGUGCAUCCCCAAGAAGUGGAUCUGCGACGGCGAUCCGGACUGCGUGGACGGUGCCGACGAGAACAUCACGCUACAGAACUGCCCAUCGCCCCAGCCGUGCGCCGAAGAUCAGUUUACCUGCGCCAACGGACGCUGCAUCAAUCAGGGUUGGGUGUGCGAUCACGACAACGACUGUGGGGAUGGUUCCGACGAAGGCAAAAACUGCAACAGCCAGUAUAAGACGUGCACACCGCAAGAGUUCACGUGCCAGAACUUCAAGUGCAUUCGCAACCAGUACCAUUGCGACGGUGAAGACGACUGCGGCGACCACUCGGACGAGGUGGACUGCAAGAAGGAGAACAGCACGUGUGCAGAGGGCAAGUUCACGUGCAACAACGGCCAGUGCAUCGACUACCCGCUGGUGUGCAACAAGGUGCCGGACUGCUCGGACGAGUCGGACGAGCCGCUGCACUGCAACAUCGACGAGUGCGCCAAGGUGGAGAUACACCGGUGCGGACACAAGUGCGUCGACACGCUUACCAGCUACUACUGUGACUGCAAUCAAGGAUACAAAUUGUUGGAGGAUGGUAAGGCUUGUGCGGAUAUCGACGAGUGUAUUGAGACACCGGGUGUAUGCUCGCAGCAUUGUUCGAACACUCCGGGUGGCUACUACUGCAAGUGCGACGAGCGGUACUACGAGCGGCAGAACGACGAGCACACGUGCAAGCGCAAGGAUGCGAUCGAACCGUGGCUGAUCUUCAGCAACAAGUACUACGUGCGCAACAUGUCGAUCGAUGGACACCAGUACAAUCUGAUCCAUCAGGACCUGAUGAACGUCGUGGCCAUCGAUUUCGACAUGCAGCAGCAGGAGAUGUACUUCUGCGACGUGACGGCGAAGACGAUCUUCAAGUCGCCGUUCGGCGCAAUGGUGGACGGCGUGCGUAUCGAGAAGCAGGCGGUGAUCAAGCACGACUCGCACGGUCUGGAGGGCAUCGCCAUCGACUGGGUUGGGCGGAAGCUGUACUGGCUCGAUAGGCACUCGAAGAACUUGGAUGUGGCCGAGCUGGACGGUACGCGCCGCAAGACGCUCCGUUCCGGCGUGGUCGACCCGCGCGCCAUCGUCGUACACCCGGGCAUCGGGUACCUGUACUUCACCUCCUGGCACCUGCAGGCCUACAUCGCCAAGAUGGGCAUGGAUGGGUCGAACUUCACGCGCAUCCUCACGUGGGAGGACGACAUUGCGUGGCCGAACGCGCUCGCGAUCGACUACUUCACCGACCGCAUCUACUGGGCCGACGCGCAUCUGGACUACAUCGCGUUCGCCGACCUGGAGGGCCGCCACCGGCACGUGGUGCUGUCCGGCAGCAAGGUGCCGCACGUCUUUGCCCUCUCCAUCUUCGACGACUACCUGUACUGGACCGACUGGAACUUGAAGGGGAUACUGCGGGCGAACAAGUUUACCGGCGCCAACUACACGGUGAUCCGCAACACCACGCACCGCCCGUACGACGUCCACAUCAGCCACCCGCUGCGCCAAGUGCCGUUCCCGAACCCGUGCGGUACGAACAACGGUGGCUGCUCGCACCUGUGCCUGCUGGCGCCACCGCUCGAGUCCACCUACCUCAACGUGGAAGGGUACAUCGAGGAGGGCGCCCCGAGCUACCGGUGCGCCUGCCCGAACCAGUUCUAUCUGGCCCGCGAUCAGAAGGUAUGCAUCGCCAACUGCACAUCCGGUCAGCACCGGUGCGGUGGUGCGGACGAAAAAUGCAUCCCCUGGUUCUGGAAGUGCGACGGCGAGCCGGACUGUAAGGACCGGUCGGACGAGCCGGACAGCUGCCCGGCGCGUCACUGCCGGGCCGGCACGUUCCAGUGCGGCAACGGCAACUGCACGCCCUCGACGACGAUCUGCGACGGUACGGAUGACUGCGGGGACAGCUCCGACGAGCAGAACUGCGACCUACCCUGCCCGGUAUCCGACUUUAAGUGCAAAGCGAGCGGCCGCUGCAUCCUGGACAGCUGGAAGUGCGACGGCGACGCCGACUGCAAGGACGGUUCCGACGAGGAUCCGGAAAUAUGUCACAAACGUGCGUGCGACCCGGAGACGGAGUUCAGCUGUAAGAACGGGCGCUGCAUCCCGAAGCUGUGGAUGUGCGACUUCGACAACGACUGCGGCGACGACUCGGACGAGCCGGCGUACAUGUGCCGGCAGCGCAACUGCACCACCGGUUGGUCCCGCUGCCCGGGCCAGUCCAACUACCGCUGCAUUCCCAAGUGGCUGUUCUGCGACGGCAAGGACGACUGCCGCGACAAGAGUGACGAGCAGCCGGAAAACUGCCCGCAGUGCAACCUCGAGACGGACUUCAAGUGCGGCAACAACCGAUGCAUCCCAAGACAAUGGAUGUGCGACUUUGCGGACGACUGCGGCGAUGGUUCGGACGAGACGGACGCACAGUGCAAGGGCAAGUACCGGGAGUGUUCCGAGUCGGAGUUCCGCUGCGACAAUGGCAAGUGUAUCUCGAGCCGGUGGCGCUGCGACCACGAGGACGACUGUGGUGACAACUCGGACGAGUACAGCUGCGAAGGGUUCCAGUGCAAGAACGGUACGUUCCAGUGCACGUCGGGCCACUGCAUCGCCUCGUACUUCCGGUGCGACGGUGACCGGGACUGCCGCGACAUGUCGGACGAGAUCAACUGUCCGCCCCGGUUCCCGGGCGGCCGCUACUGCCCGGAGUCGCGCUUCCAGUGCACCAACAACCUGUGCGUGCUGCCGUCGGAUCUGUGCGACGGUACGGACGAUUGCGGCGACAACUCGGACGAGGCGGCCACCGUCUGCACCAACUUCAACUGCGACACGCUGCGCCGCUUCCAGUGCACAAACCACCGGUGCGUGGCACGCUACCAGAUCUGCGACGGCGUGGACAACUGCGGCGACGGCUCGGACGAGAACAAUAUGACACUGUGCGCGACGCGCCAGAAGCCGUGCGACCUGUACACGCAGUACCAGUGUGCGAACAAGAAGUGCAUCGACCGGGCGCAGAUCUGCGACUACGCGGACGACUGCGGCGAUGGCUCGGACGAGCUCGGCUGUCACCAUACGAGCACCUGCUCGACGCUGACCAAGGGCGGCUGCGAGCAGCACUGCGUCAACCUGACCGAUGGCGGCUACAUCUGCGCCUGCUACUCCGGGUUCAUCAUCGACGCGACAAACAAGAAGCACUGCAUCGAUAUCGACGAGUGCGCCACCGGCACGCACGGCUGCUCGCAGCUCUGCACGAACCUGAACGGCACGUUCCAGUGCUCGUGCCGCGACGGUUUCCGCCUCUCGGACAGCGUGUCGGGCGUGUGCAAGGCGGUGAAGGACGAGCCGCUGCUGGUGCUGUCGAGCGGGCCGGAGAUUCGGGCGUACGAUCCGGGUCAAAACCGACAGUUCGAUGUGAUAGCAGGGGAGAAGCGCAUCGAGGCGCUCGACUACAACCCGGAGACGCAGAUGAUCUUCUGGACGGACAGCUACGAGAAAACCAUCAAGCGCUCGUACAUGGUGAACGCGGCCAACGGCGAGGCGAAGGUCGGGUACGCGCAGGACCUCAACAUGAAGGGCAACACGAAGCCAACGGCGCUGGCCGUCGACUGGGUGGCGGAGAAUCUCUACUGGGCCGAGACGGACCGUACCGGGUCGAAGCCGCGCGGUCGCAUCAUGGUCGCGAAGACGGACGGUCGCUACCGGCGGGCGCUGGUGCAGGCCGGCCUGGAGGUGCCGACCUCGAUCGCGGUCGAUCCACAGCUCGGCCGCAUGUUCUGGGCCGACGCUGGUUCCGCACCGAAAAUCGAGGUGUCGUGGAUGGACGGCUCCAAGCGCCGGCCGGUCAUCACCGAGGCGAUCCGGCAUCCGGCUGGCCUCACGGUCGACUACUCGCAGGACCAUAUGGUGUACUGGGUCGACACGAAGCUCAACACCAUCGAGGUGAUGAAGCCGGAUGGUACCAUGCGCCGGACCGUGCUCAAGGGCGAUCUGCUGAAGCAUCCCGUCUCGCUGGACGUGUUCGAGUCGAGUCUCUACUGGGUGACGCGCGACACCGGAGAGUUGUUGAAGCAGGACAAGUUUGGACGCGGCGUUCAGGUUGCGGUGCAACGCAAUUUGGCCAAUCCAUCCAGUAUUAAGGUUUACCACGAUUUACGUUACAAUACCACCCUGAACAACCCCUGCUAUCGCAACCCAUGUUCGCAUCUGUGCCUGCUCGUGCCGGGUGGACGUCGCUGCUCCUGUCCGGACAAUUCCGCCCCGACAUCGCAUCGUAGCACCACCGAGGUCGUUUGUGAUGCACCUGCCGAACAACCACGACCUGCGCCACAUGUUUGCCCGUGUGUAAACGGAGGUCUGUGCAAGGAAGCGAACGAAGCGAUGGGCGACGGGGCGAGCAGCGGUGGCAGCAGCGGGGAGCUGGUGUGCGUCUGCCUGCCAGAGUUUUCCGGUGCCCACUGCGAGGUGUUUAGCGAGAAGAUACUCGGCUCGGCCGGAAGCAGCACGGCCGCCAUCCUCAUACCGCUGGUGAUCGUGAUGCUGAUCAUCGUCGCCAUCGGGCUGUUUGUCAUCGUGAAAAAGCGCCCCUUCGGCAAACCGAGCCUGAGCUCAUCGCAGAGCGUAUCAUUCCGUCCAGGUACGAACGUAGAGUUCAAUUCGUCCGAAUUCCCGUCCACCCAGAGGGUUCCCGCGCCAGGCGGCCUUGGACUAGCGAACGCCGCUGCCGCGCCACUCGAUGGCUACAGCAUGGACACACUGAACAACAAGAAUACUGACUUCAGCAACCCAAUGUACGAUGCCGUCCAGGGUGGUACCGAUGCAACGGCUGCCGGCGAUAUACCUUCCGACAUUUAUGAAGUACCCGCAGAUGUAGGCAAAGCGAACGGCAGAAAAGACGGUUCUUCGAUCUCCAGUGGCCCGUUCAUCGAGCCUGUGUCGGCCAUACUGGCCCCCAGCAGCAUUACACAUAAAACCUCGCCCCAGCUUAACCUGCGUCCGAAGGAGCUUAACCCGUCCAUGCACGAUACCGGCAAAGACACACAGCUACUGGUAGAGGAGGACAAAUCAGAAUGUUAGAGCUAAGUGCACACGUUAAAAAACCGCGAAGUGAGAACGUAUAAUAAUUCGAACCAACAUCCGAGGGUGCGGCUUAUUCAACAUUUGGAAGUCGUACUUUCCUGUUUUUAUUAUUAUUAUUAUUAAUAUUAUUAUUAUUAUUUUUGUAAAUGUGUGUGGAGCAAAGCUCAAUCCACAAGUGACAGAACUGUGAGGCAGAGGAUAACAUAGUCUGAAAAAAAAAUGAAUAUGCAUGUAGCAACAGCAUGGCAGGCUGAAAAGCUAAACUUUUUCCCGUUUUAUAUAAUGUUUUGGAUAUUAAUGAGUUAAUACACACAUAUCCUUAUUUUGCACUAUGGUGUCUAAGAUUUUGAAAAAAAAAGCUAUCUACGAAAAACGAAUCGAACACGUAAAACUAUGGAACAACUCCACAGAGUGAAAGUGAAAGAACAAACAUAGCAUAGAAGCAUAGAAGAACUGGAAAGGUAGAAGAAAAAAAAUUUUAACCGUUGGGAAAAUCGUUCAGGUACGAACACUGAAACUCUUUAUGCAUUAACUAAAAUUGCAGCACGUACACCGUUCAAGACAAUCAAUAAUAGCGCUAUACUAUUACAGCCAACCGUUAUCUACUGGACCCCGACAUAGAAGAGAAGAAGAAAGAGAAAUAGUAACGCUGCACACGAAUCUGUAAUGAUUUAGUUUUUCUUUUCGAUACAUCGUCAAGCAGCAUCAAGGUUAAAAGUAAGGAUUGGAAAUGGCACAAAAAAGGAUAACGUAAGCGGCUCGGAUUCAGUAUUUGUCCAUAGCUAAAAAUUGAGCUAAGUGGUAGUAAACGGUAUAACUAUUAGUUGUGUAUAUAGUUAAAGCGAUUUUGUGUUAAUAAUGAGUUUUAAACAUUGAAAUAUUUAUGUGAACAAAGAGCAAUAAAGAAGUUUCUACAACCUGUGCCCUAUGCACCACCUUUGUCACAGCUCUAUGCGGUACCUUCGGUGGUAGGAAAUAUGAUAAUGAUGAACCAAUCUGUGUCCGU